GCUUCUCCCGAGUCUACUCACGCGCAGGCUACCGCAGAGGAGCGCAUGCCUCCGAUACUCACGUGGAUCCGAAGGCCCGCGGGAGGACAUUCCGUAGGCCACAGGUACUAUCCGCCACUCGGCCCUUGUCCACGACGGUCCGUCAACCGCUGCAGCCUAGCUUGUUAUCUUCUCGCGAGUCCGACGCUAUCGUUGGCAGGCAUACCGUACGUGACUAUCGCCCAGGACCAUCAAGCGAGCUAUCGUCUGCCAACAGCCAGCCUCUCUCUUACCGCACCCAAGCCUAACCCAAGCCAUCGCCCACACCCGGACCUAUCAUUCAUUCGCGUCCAAAAGCGAUCAUACACAUACACAUACCCAAGUUAUCUUUACUUCUGCCCACCUCGAGCUAUCGCCCACGCCCGAAGCACCGGCCACAUGCUCUAUCGACACCUGUUAUCGACAUCCCGAGCAUGGGACUAUCGACACCGCGAGCAUGGGGCCCCGAAGUUCCACCACGGGCUUUGAUGCCAGGAUGGUGCUUAGAGCGGGCCUGUGGCUCCGGUGAGGGCGGUAUAAAAGGACGGGUACCUGAGGUUUGCGAGAGGUUGGCUUCUGUGCGGCCGGUCGGUUUCUGUCUGUCCUCUCAGCUGGCUCGUGCGCCUACUUGGUCUCUGUGCAUCUGUA